GAGGAAGAGAGGAGAGUGAAAGAGGAGAGGAAUAAGCUGGAGAAGAGAGCCAAAGAGAGAGAUGAGGAGAGAAGAGCAGUCCAGGAAGCCAGACAAGAUGCAGACAAGAUGGAUUCUCUACAGUACUACUCAAUCAGUGCCUCAGAGGCAGAGAGAAGACCCAGGGAGAGACCCAUGCAUUCCCCUCUGCCUUCUCCACGGAAAGGGGACCUUCUGGAGCUGGAGCAAGCAGAAGAUGGGGAGUCCUAUGAAAGACCCCACACUGCUGCCUCCCCUGCCCUGUCAGCCCCGCGCUCCAACACCUCGUCCCCGGCCCUAGGGCCCAAGCCCACCAUGUUCAAGGUGAAGGACAACACCUUCAGGGGGUCUAUUCUCACUAAGACCAUCAGACCCCGCUUUUACAAGAGCUUAGAGGAAGACUCCAGAGUGGCUUCGCCGCUGGAUGGCUGGAGGGGGGGAGGUGAAAAGGCGGAUGAGGGGCAGGAGAAGAGGAGGGUGAGCUCUGUCACCAAUGUACCCACACACCGGUCCCCAGUGGUCCAGCAGUCACCUGUCCCGAGCUCCCUCACUCACACCCACGACUACCCCAGUAGCCUAUCAGAACACAGGGAAUACCGAGCCCGAUCCCGCCGCAGCCUAGCAUUGGACGAGGAAGACUCCCGCUCCGUCUUCAGCACAAUGUCAGAGGACGUGGAUAGCUUUGCUACCAGUGCUGGGGACCUGGGUGACUUUCGGGGAGCGUACGACUCGGACUGGGGCAGCAGGGGGGGCUACGAGAGGCCGGACUCUGCCUGCAGCUUCAGCAGCGAUGCAGGGAGGCCCCUGGGGAAGCCCCCCACCGUGCCCCCCAAGACAGAGAAGGCCUUGCGGAGAGCCAAGCGCCUGACUACACGCAGGAUCAAGAAGGAGUCGUCAAACACCUCGCUUGACAGGGCCACCUCAGAGGACAAUCCUCUGAGGGAGGUGUCCAGUGUUCCAUCGUCCCCCUCAGACCUACGCUCCUCCGGCCGCUCCGCACUCUCCUCCCCCCACUUCUCCUCCCCCAUCUCCCUCCCCCACACCCCCACUCUUGUCUCUAGUGUCUCCUCCACUGCUGAGCUUCGCCCCUCCCACCGUUCCUUCCACGCCUCCCCCCACGCCACCGCCCCAGUCUCCCUCCCCCUUGCCUCCCCACACCACUGCUCCCCCAUCUCCCUCCCUCUUGCCUCCCCCCACGCCACCGCCCCAGUCUCCCUCGCCCUUGCCUCCCCACACCACUCCUCUCCCAUCUCCGUCCCCCUUGCCCCCAGGUCAGUGUCCAGUGUCCCGUCGUCCCCCACACAGCCGUUGACCCAGUACCACGUAGAGCCCAGUUACCCCCUCACCCAGAGGAAGGUGCUCCAGGACCCUGGCUCUGGUCAGUAUUUUGUGGUGGACAUGCCUGUCCCUGUCAAGACGAAGACCUUCUUCGACCCGGAGACAGGGAAGUAUGUCCAGCUGAAUGUACGGAAGUCAGGACAGACUGGGCCCCAGCCCCAGCCUCAACCCCAGGUCCUGUACACUCAACAGGAGCCUGAUUCGGGGAGACAGAGCCGUGGCUGGGGACAGGAGAACCAUGGUAGGGUGAGAAGCAGAAGCAGCCUGGGCUGUGUGAGCCAGGAGAGCUCACACAGACAGGUGUACAGCCCAGGUCAGGCUCCCUAUAUGGAUACGGGCUACGACGUGCAAACAUCGUAUGCACCCACACCGUGCGAUACACACAAGGGAAGUGACACGCGUAGCCAGCAGGGGGAGGGGAUAAUGUACGAUGAGAAGGAAGACCCCGCUCCCUCUGGACCUCCAGGUCGUGACAUCAUCACUAUGAGCGAGCUGGAGGACUUUGCCAUGGAUUCUUCUGAUUGGUGAUGACUGCGAUUGACAGCUUGUAUUGUCUAAUAGCUUAACAGUAUAUAUGUAGCAAUACAGAUUGACAAAGAAAUAUGCAUUAAAAAGAAACAGAGAUAUGGUUGUAUAUGUGACCUACUUAAGAAGAAAAAUAGAAAGUGUUUUAGAUAUAAUGUGUUUGUGUUGAAAAUUGUCUUCUUUUGGGACUCUGGUAAGGCUUGUUAAAUUGCUGCCCCUGACGAUUUCUGCUGCUGAUGUUUUGUAGUGAUAAAAAAUAGAAGCUACUUAUGUAUAACUGUGUCACAGAAAAGUUUACCAUUCCAUUUUGAAUGUGUUGAAGAUGAUCUGCUGGUCUAUUUGAUUGGCUCACUGUCACCUAAAACCGAGAGAGCAUUUUUGAGUACUUCUGAAGUAUUACUAUAGUAUCCGACAGACUAAGAAGAAGUCUUCGCUGCUUAGGACUGGUAUUUAUUUCAAUUGCAACAUAAAAUAAAUAGAGAUUUUUUAGAUUUUAAUGUAGUUAAUACAAUGUUGAAGUUUUUAAUAUGUGCAUGCAAUGUAGUGACUGAGAAGGCAACACAAGCUUGAUGCAAAUGGAAAAGAGACCCUGUGUUUUUAAGUGAAAUAACAUGACUUGAAUGUUGCUCUUUGACAAGUUUCAUAGUAAUGUGGACUGUACAUAAUAAUAAAUAGUCUGCAUUAUUUGUAAUGUUUGAGAAUGUUUCAGAAUUGCUGUGAAGUAAAACAGAGUGGCCUGGACUUGUAGCACACACAUGUUCUGCCAUAUAGUCCUCCAUCAGGAUUGUGAAUGUGGCCUUCAGAGGCACCUUUUAAGGAAACAAUUAAAAAGUAAA